CAUAAUCUUAAUCAGGUUUUCUGCUCCGUGGAAAUGGAAGUGGGAAAUCACACCAUCCUGACUGAGUUCAUCUUGGUGGGCUUCUCAGCAGACCCCAAGUUGCAGCUGAUUCUAUUUGGAAUAUUUCUGACUCUCUACUUAGUGACUUUAUCAGGGAAUAUGACCCUGGUUAUCUUAAUCCGGAUCGAUUCCCGGCUGCACACACCCAUGUACUUUUUCAUUGGCAAUCUGUCUUUCCUGGAUUUCUGGUACACAUCUGUGUAUACCCCCAAGAUCUUGGCCAAUUGUGUCUCAACAGAUAAACGUAUGUCCUUGGCUGGAUGUGGAACCCAGUUGUUUUUUUCCUGUGUUGUAGCCUACACCGAGUGCUAUCUCCUAGCAGCCAUGGCUUAUGACCGCUACGUGGCAAUCUGUAGCCCAUUACUCUAUUCAGGUACCAUGACCAGGUCUCUCUGUACUGGCCUCGUUGCUGGGGCCUACAUAGGAGGUUUCUUGAAUGCUGUAGCCCACACUGCCAACACUUUCCGUCUGAAGUUCUGCGGUAAAAAUAUCAUUGACCACUUCUUCUGUGAUGCACCACCCCUGGUAAAAAUGUCCUGCACAGACACCCGGGUCUAUGAAAAAGUCCUCCUGGGUGUGGUGGGCUUCACAGUCCUCUCCAGCACACUUGCCAUCCUCAUUUCCUACUUCAACAUCCUCCUGGCCAUCCUGAGGAUCCGCUCUGCCUCUGGGAGGCGCAAGGCCUUCUCCACCUGUGCUUCCCACCUGGUCUCAGUCACCCUCUUCUAUGGGUCCUUGCUCUUCAUGUAUUCAAGGCCGAGCUCCACCUAUUCGCUUGAGAGAGACAAAGUGGCUGCCCUGUUCUACACCGUGGUGAACCCAUUACUCAACCCUCUCAUCUAUAGCGUGAGGAACAAAGAUGUUAAAGCAGCUUUCAGGAAAGCAACACAGACUAUAGGACUACAGAGAUGA